UGAGGCAGCCGCUCCUGAGGGGUACCCCUUCUCUCGCACCUGGUGCUGUGGGUUUGGGGGCGAUGCUGAGAGCAACUGUGCCCCCGCCUCCUCCCUGCGUGCCGGGCCUGCCUUAGCCUGCAGCGGCUUCACCCCCAGCCCCCAGAGGACACAGGGAGGUCACUGCCUCCAGGGACACCCUGGACUUGGGGGAGCUGCUGUCCCCUGCCCAAGCAUGCAUCUCUGCGGGCCCGAGGAGCUGCUGACUGGGCUGUGCCCCUCGGAGCAGCAGAAGCAGCUGAAGAAGAAGCAGGCGAGCCGGGUGGCGGCCCAGCGCAGCCGGCAGAGACACACGGACAGGGCGGACGCCCUGCACCAGCAGUACGAGUCUCUGGAGAAACACAACCAGGCGCUGCGGAAGGAGAUCCAGGCGCUGCAGGACGAGCUGGGCAGGUGGAGCCGGACCCUGCAGGAACACGAGUGUCUGUGCGUCACGGACUGCGCUGCCCGCGCACCCCCACUGCCCACUGGCUCCUGGGGCCAGGCGGGGCAGCCCCCCGGCCCCACGCCCCUCGGACAGCACUGCAGCCAGGAGCAGCCGGGCCUGUUCCCCUCACCCCCAGUCUCCUCCGCUCCCCACCUGCCGCCCCACAGCGCCCCCAGCCUCCUCCUGUCCCCUCCGCCCUCACUGUCCCUCGGCCCUGCCGGCCCGACACCCCCCCACGCCCAGCCGACCUCAGCCAGCAGCGCCGGCCGGCUGAGUCCAUUCUCCGAGCUCAGCGCCCUCCUGCCCUGCCUGGCUGCCCCUCCACAGACCCUGGGGCAGAAGCAGCCCCUGAGGGUGAAGACGGGGACCUCCCCCUUCUGCCCUUCGGUGGAUCCGGAACUGGCGACCCCGCAGGACCAGCAGCACCCCAUUUCCACAGCUGCACGCUGGCUGGAUGAGGACCCUGGCCCCCAGCCGCUCCUGGCCUUUCCCCUGCUCUCCUCUGCUCAAGUCCACCUCUGACCAAGCUGGGCGCCCCCUCCACAGGCCUGGGUGCCCACUGCCCUCUGGAAGCUGCCCUGUGUGUCCACCACCCUGCCAAGGCCCAGUCAGUGUCCCUGUCUUAACAUGACCUCGUGGACAUGCGGCAGAAUGCAAAUGAUCGUGCCCCCUUGGCAGAUAGGGAGAAAGGCCCGGAGAGGUCAAUCAACUUUUCUGACCUCACACAGCCCUUCCUGGCCACCUGAAUCACCACCCUCCGCCCCUAUUCUUCUGUGGGAUCCUGACCCAGGGGGGCUGUGGGGUGAGGCUUAGGUGCUGGGCGUGGACGAGUUCCUCCGUCACUGCGAUUGCCGAGGCAGAGGGGCCCCCGGCUCCCGCAGCCCCGCCCUGGCGGGGGCCAGUCCAGAGUCCAUAGCUGGGUGGGGAGGCCCUGCGGGAACCGGAUGGCAACUCUUCCCUGGGUGGGGUUUCAGAGUGGAGGAAAUGAACCUGUGAGUGGGCGCAGUUCCCCUGGAAUGUCUCCAGAGGGGGUGCUAGGUGCAGGGAGAUUCUGCAGGGGAAAUCCUCCAGGCUUUUCCCCCCCUGGGCUCCCUGUAGUCGCUGUCACCCCCCCACCCCAACCCCAGGGUCAUGGGCUGGUGGCCUUCCCAGAAUCACUCCCAUCACCCACAGGAAGAGGCGGGGCUUCCGGGAGCCACUCCUGUCCCACACAGGAAAAGGCGGGGCUUCUGGGAAUUAAUCAUGUCCCGCACAGGAAGAGGCGGGGCUUCUGGGAAUUAAUCAUGUUCCACACAGGAAGAGGCGGAGCUUCUGGGAGCCACUCCUGUCCCACACAGGAAGAGGCGGGGCUUCUGGGAGCCACUCCUGUCGUUCCUGGGAAAAAUUGGGAGCGAGGGAGGGUAGGGCCAAGGGCAAGAUUAUAUUUAAGCAAGUUCUAGGCUCAGACCUGGCAGGGGUGGACCCCGUGUCCUCUCUCAUCCCUGGGCAGUCCGUGGAGCCUUGUUAUCCUCAGGCCCCUCCCAGCAGCAUCCCUCCCUGCCCGGGACCUGAUGACAGGUGUCAAGAGUGGCGGAAUCUUGGCAGGGGCCCGGCUCGAGGGUCACCCCCAGGCACUGGGAUGGGAGCUGCAGCCCUUCCCCCCUCCCCAUCUCCGGUGCAUGAAGCAGCCAGUGUACCCCAAUGACUCCCUCGGGGCGCCGAGCUUAGGUCUCCCACAUUCCUGAUGGCCAAUAAAGGG